AUGUCGCUUGAUGCAGCGAGCCUUUCGAAGCUACCGCCCGCGCAAUAUGUGCCUGGUAGACAGUACACUAUCGACCAUGCUGGGAGAAUCAACAAAGAGCCAUUCGUGAUCAGUACCAGCAUUCUCUUUGGAUUCGCCAUUCUCUCAGUGCUAGCACGUUUCGCGAUUCGCAUCUUCGGCGGACGAAAAAUCAAGUGGGACGAUGGCUUCGUCCUGAUCUCGUGUAUCUGUCUUAUUAUCUCGUUCGCCUGCGUUCACAAGCUUUUGAACACUUUCUAUCUCGUUGAGGCCAUGAACCAAAAGAUGGUGAUCCCGUUCCGAGAUGAUAUCCCUGCAAUCUUCGACGUUCCCAAGUGGGCUUUCAUGUUCUCCGUGUUCACUUGGACUUCUCUCUACUUCGUCAAGUUUGCGUUCAUGUAUUUCUUCUACCCUCUGACCCUCGGGCUGUCCAUCAGGACCCUGCGGCUUUUCUGGGUCACUGUGGGCUUUCUUGUCGUUUGUUGGGUCUAUGCGGUUGUCAACUUUGCAGUCAUCUGUCCACACUUUGGUGCAAACGCAACCAAAUGUAACACGAAUCCCCAGCAACAUGCAAGAAGUGUCGCGGGUAACGUUGUUGUCGGCGUCCUCGACAUCAUAUGCGAUGUCCUCAUCGUGAGCAUUCCCAUUCUUGUCGUCAACGAGUCAAUGAUGCCACUCUCCCGCAAAGUAUCGGUCGUGGCGCUGCUGGGCCUUUCAACAUUCAUGAUCAUUUGCACCUUGAUCCGGGUGGUCGGUUCGGUGACCGAGACAACCGAGGCAGGACAAGGAACGGCACCGGUGUGGGCGAUGUACUGGUUCAUCAUCGAAGGUUGCGUCUCGCUCAUUAUGGUGUCUGUCAUUGUCAUCCGCGGAGUUUUCAUCUCCAAGGCCGUGGAUGACGACCGACAGAAGCAAGAUAGCAUGUUGCAGCAGUUUGGGCGUCGUCUCUUGUCUAUUUUGAGGCUUUCCAGAUCCUCAAGCAGCAGGUCGAGCUCCGAAUUAAGCGACUCUCUCCACGAGCGCAAAGAUACAAGCGCGCCGAGGAUCGCUACUCAGAAAGUCCACGGAGGGACGAUGAACACUGUCCGAUCAUUCAUCUCGGGAGGUAGGAUGCAGCACCGGACGCAGAACGAUACGCAGCUGUCAGUAGACACAGACUACAGUGCUGAGGUUCUGGACUACCACAACACGGAGAAAGGCUAUGAGCGAUGGCUGUCGGAAGUCGAACGCGCAUUGAUGAGCUGA